AUGGCACCGCAAACGCACAAUCGCGUGAUCAACCACAUCGCCGUAUCCGUACCAGAUGUCGCAAAAGCCGUCGACUGGUACAAGGACAUUUUCGGCUUCCAGCUCAUCGGCAACACCAUCCAUCAUGUCAAGCGCAGUGACACACCGGAUGCUGCCAUCUUCUUCAUUUACCCCUCGAGCCUCAAUGAGGUGAAGAUUGCGUACAUGUCGACUGGCAACGGAGUGGGAUUUGAGCUAUUCGAGUUCCUGGACCCCAAAAGCUACACCGCCGAGAACACUUUCGAGUAUCAUCGUGGUGGUUUCUUUCACGCUUGUGUGACUGAUGCUGAUCCCGAUGGCCUGGCUGAUAAGGUAGUGGCAGCAGGAGGCAAGCGGAUUGGGCAGACGGUCGACCCGACAGGUGCUGGUGUCAAGUGUCUCUACACACAAGAUCCGUGGGGAAAUGUGAUGGAGAUUUUGGACAUUAGCUUUGAGAGACUUGCAUGCUUGUCUACGCCAGCAGUCAGAUAG